AUGGAGACAAACAAUCAUUUUGCCAGUACUGGCCAGCCUCCAUUAUCAAGCGCCUCAGGACUGAAACAGCUGCCUCAAUUGGUAGAACCAGUUUACACAAAUAAUUCCCUUGUAAUAUUUCCUCAACAAGUUAAAGGUUUGAAUUGUGAUAUGCCUGUGAAUGGCCUGAUUUCACCUUCCAUAUCCAGUAAUCCUCAUGGCACAUUUGCUUUGGGUGCUAGCAGUACCAAUCAUCCCACAACUAGUAACUUUGACUACCUCUGGAAAUUUCCCAAGUCUCCUGUUCUGAAAGACUGUCAUGGACCUGCUGUGCCUAAGGUGAAUGGAUCAGCAUCGCCAGUAUCAAAUGGUCCUUUCUAUAAAGGAAACUCACAGGAGACAUGGGAGAGCUCUUCUUCCAGCCACCAGGCAUCUCUUAUUUUCAAUGGUCAAGACUUGUGCAAUUUUAGUAAUAUUAAUGUAAAAGUGGCAGCUGCAGCAAAUGGAACACAUUGCUAUCCCACAACUUCCCAACCAGCCCCUUUGCCAAUAUUUGGUAUGCAGUCUCCUUCUCUUUCCCCUCCUCCUCCCUCCUCCUCCUCAGUGCCAGGAUGAACAGCAAGAAAUGGAAACCGAAGC